GUGAUGUGUUGUGUAACGCCGGGUCUUUGAAGGUGUGGGCUGUCAAAGCCGUUGUUACGACGUUGGAUCGUUCUUCGUAUUUUUUUUGUAAAAAUACAUCAAUGGUCGCCAGGCUGUCUCUCAUACGACGGUAUGCCAUUCUCGGUUUUAUUAUCGUCGGAUAUAUUAUCUUUCAAUUCACACGCCAACACCCAGAUGUGGGGAGAAUGAGCCAGAAAGAGGGACUGAGGGCCAACUCCUCUCAGUUCACUCUGGAGGGAGAGCCCUUUCGCAUCUUGGGGGGCUCUAUCCACUAUUUCCGCGUCCCCAGAGCCUACUGGGAGGACCGCUUGCUGAAGAUGAGGGCGUGUGGGGUCAACACUCUCACCACAUAUGUGCCAUGGAACCUGCAUGAGCCAGAGAGAGGGGUUUUCAACUUCCAGGACCAAUUGGAUUUAAAGGCGUACAUCAGCCUAGCAGCAGAGUUGGGGCUCUGGGUGAUUCUGCGGCCAGGACCCUACAUCUGUGCUGAGUGGGACUUAGGAGGGCUGCCUAGUUGGUUGCUGCGUGAUCCAGACAUGAAGUUGAGAACAACCUACCCAGGUUUCACAGAAGCUGUUGACUCCUUCUUUGAUCAACUCAUUCCAAGAGUUGCACCGUAUCAGUAUUCCAAGGGGGGCCCAAUUAUAGCAGUUCAAGUGGAGAACAAGUAUGGCUCUUAUGCAAAAGACGUAGAAUAUAUGCCAUACAUAAAGGAGGCAUUAUUAUCCAGGGGGAUCGAGGAGCUGCUCCUGACCUCAGACAACCAGGAUGGGCGGAACCUCGGGGGUGUGAAUGGAGUUCUAGAAACCAUCAAUUUUCAGAAAUUGAGCCCAGAGGGAUUUAAGUAUCUGGAUGCAAUUCAACCACAGAAACCCAAGAUGGUGAUGGAGUAUUGGUCUGGGUGGUUUGACCUCUGGGGUGACCUUCACCAUGUUUUUGCUGCUGAGGACAUGGUUGCUAUUGUGACGGAAAUCCUGAAACAGGAUGCAUCAAUCAAUCUUUAUAUGUUCCACGGAGGAACAAAUUUUGGCUUCAUGAACGGGGCUUUUGCAAUUGCCACGCCCAUGCCUAAGCCAAUGGUAACAAGCUAUGAUUACGAUGCUCCAUUAUCUGAGGCAGGGGAUUACACCACCAAGUACACUCUUCUGAGGAAUGUAUUGAGCCGCUAUCACAGUGAGAAGCUUCCUGAGGUUCCCUCCCUCCAGGCCAGGAGAGUGUAUGAGCCUGUCAUCAUUCAGAAGCAUCUGUCACUGUGGGAGAGCCUGCAGUUUACUGAGAAGCCCUUGAAGUCAGAGAAAGCAGUCAACAUGGAGAACCUUCCUGUCAACAAUAACAAUGGUCAGUCCAACGGCUACACUCUGUAUGAGACCAUAAUCCACAGCGGAGGCCUUCUGAACUCCCUGAACAAUGUUAGAGACAGAGCCCUGGUGUUUGUGGACAAACUCUUUGUUGGAGUUCUGGACUAUAAGAUGCUGGAGUGUGCUCUGCCUGAUGGAAAGGGGGAGAGAACAUUGAGUUUACUCGUGGAGAACUCUGGGAGACUGAACUAUGGUAAACUCCUAGAUGAACAGCGUAAAGGUCUUGUCGGAGACAUUGAGUUGAACAAUACCCCACUACGAGACUUUAUCAUUCAUAGUCUAGAUAUGAAGCCUGGCUUUGUAAAUAGACUGAGUGCAUCGGGCCAGUGGAACUCUGUUUUCCAGAAGCCUUCCUUCCCAGGGUUUUUCCACGGCAAGCUAUAUGUGGGUGGCCAUCCCAGAGACACCUUCAUCAGACUGCCUGGUUGGAGUAAAGGAGUGGUCUUUAUCAACGGGCAGAAUCUUGGACGCCACUGGUCCAUGGGGCCCCAGCAAACCCUCUACCUCCCCGCCCCCUGGCUUAACCGAGGAAACAACCAGGUUGUUGUCUUUGAGGAGCAGGAAACUGAUGGUAAAAUCCAAUUUGCCAGCGAGCCUGACCUUGGAAUGACUGUUGACGUACAGUGAGGAUGGCCUGGCAGAAUGGAGACGACCUAUGAGAAAGUGGAGGAUGUACCCUUGCGGAUGGCGAGCAGCGGAGCGAUUGCGCUUUGGUGCCAAACGGUGAUGAGCAGAGUCCACGGUAACACUAUCAACACGAUGGCAAGAAUGUCUCUUCUCUUCGGCAUCUCCAGGAUUGGUUUUAUGUCUCGUCAUUACCUGCCAGGAGAGAGGAGGAGCGACAAACAUGUCAGACACAAAGGCCUCUAGUUUAAUUAUCCACUCUGAAUUUUAUUUCAAAAUGACAAGUUGUGGUGGGUUGGCUGAGAGAGCCACUGACUCUUUCUACCCUGAGGAAGCUGACAGUCUUUUAGCACAGCGAUAUAAUACCUCGUCAAUUCUGUUUAUCUUCCCGGCGUGUAAAGACUCCAUUUAUACACAUGCUGUCAGGCAGAAGGCUUCAUUUCCAAAGUGUGAAUGCAUCUGACACAUAAACAUAAGCCCCAUAAAAGCCUUCCACUGAUAAAGAAAUGGGUCAAGAAGAGUUUUAAGCAGUUUUUUACUGCGUCAUUGGAGAGCAGGCAAUGGGAAGUCCUCAGAGGAAAUUGCCAUUGUUGUGCUGCCUGAGUAUCUAGAACUGCAUACAGACAGACACUAUGUGGAACAAAUCAUUUUGCCCCUUUUCAAUAUGCACAUUUCAUUGCUUUGGAAUAUCAGUGAUUAGACUUAUGGAUCAAUGUGUUUGUGCUGUGGAAGGCAUACGUGCUGUGAGACUACUAUGGUAUCAUGCACUCAUUAAAGCCUAUCAUAAGCGGACCUAUGGCCAUAUUACAAUGGCUGAAUGCAUUGUGCUAAACAUGUUGAUGAGUAUGGUAAAUGACUAUGAUUCCUCACCCACG